AUGCUGGCAAAAGCCGUUGCCACUGAAGCGGGAGCAAAUGUUAUUAAUAUUUCAAUGUCAAGUAUCCAUUCAAAGUGGUCUGGUGAGGGUGAGAAAUGCAUAAAAGCUAUCUUCUCGCUGGCUAGUAAAAUUGCUCCCAGCAUUAUUUUUGUAGAUGAAUCUUCUGUUUGUUUAUGCAGCUUUCUCAAGGUUGAUAGUAUGUUGGGAAGAAGGGAAAAUCCAGAAGAACAUCAGGCAAUGUGCAGAUUGAAAAAUGAAUUCAUGCUGAAUUGGGAUGGGUUACGCACAAAGGAUACUGAACGUGUUCUGGUACUUGCAGCAACAAACAGGCCAUUUGACCUUGAUGAAGCUGUUAUAAGGCGACUGCCACACAGGUGGAUGGUCAAUUUACCAGAUGCUCCAAACAGAGCAAAAAUUCUAAAAGUGACACUCACAAAAGAAGACUUGGUUCAGGAUGUUGAUCUGGAAUCAUUUGCAAGUAUGACUGAUGGAUAUUCCGGAAGUGACCUUAUGGUAGAAUCUCUGUGCAACCGCUACAUAUCGACCCAUUAGAGAUAUCCUAGAAAAGGAAAAAAAGGAACAGGCUGCAGCUAGUGCUGGUGGUAGACCACCUCCAGCACUAAGCAGCAGUGCAGA